AAAACAUGACGAUAAUCAACCAAUAUUAAAACGCCACGUGUUCCCUCGCGGUCAUUUAUCAUUGAAUCGAAGAGCACCCGCCCAGCUUGUUUCAAUCGUCGUCGUUUUUCUCUUUGAUUUGCCUGAAAUUUGUUCUCUUCUUUUGGUUGCAAUUUCUCGAUCUCGAAUUUUCUGAGAGAAUACAAAACUUAAUUUCUCAAACCCCAGCAGAUUCGAAUUUAGGGUUUCUUACACCCAUUAGAUUUCGCGUCGAUGGCGUCCAAUCGCGGUGCGGGUGGUUCUCUAUACGGCGGAGCUGAUCCGUAUAGAUCUAGAGAAGGGCUAAGCACUAGAAAUGCUUCAGGUUCAGAGGAAAUUCAGCUGAGGAUUGAUCCUAUGCACUCUGACCUGGAUGAUGAGAUUCUAGGUCUCCAUGGCCAAGUCAGGCAAUUGAAAAAUAUUGCUCAAGAAAUUGGGUCAGAAGCAAAGUCUCAGAGGGACUUCUUAGAUGAACUGCAAAUGACAUUGAUCAGAGCGCAAGCAGGGGUGAAGAACAACAUAAGGAAACUGAACCUAAGCAUAAUCCGUAGUGGUAACAACCACAUAAUGCACGUAGUUCUUUUCGCGCUCCUCCUCUUCUUUAUCCUCUACAUGUGGUCCAAGAUGUUCAAAAGAUAGAUAGAGAGACUCAUGGCAUACUUGUGUUACCCCCCAAAAAAAAACCCUUGAUGAAUGUUGGAUAAGUUGUAGAAAAUAUCCUCUAGAUUACAAACAUUUUGUGGUUCUUCUCGUUACCUGUUAUAUAGAGUGCCUGUUUUUAACAGUUUACAUGAAGCAAAAUUGUAUCACAGAACAACAGCAUGAGAUAUUUUAGACCAGUUCAAAUCUGGCCUUAACUUGAUUAAUUACCCGUCCGGUCCAAUUCAGUAUUGGGCUUUUAUAGUCUUAUGGGCUGAAGUGUCGUGAUACGUGUAUUAUUAUGGUUGGUUCUUAUGCGUA